AUGGAAAGCAUGAACCUCGCCCAAUCAUCCAUGGUUUCUUUGCACAAUUGCUUUGGCUCAUAGCCGGAGUACAUGCUGCACCAAUCUCAUCCAGGUCCUUGGAAAACGAAGGACUGAAUCUGAUCUGUUUCUCAGCAAAGAGUGAGUGUAGAUGUACCUAGCUCGAAGGAAAGAUGUCUACGAAGAUUCUCUCACUCGGCUCAGUCUGUGACAAACAAGACCGAAAGCAGAUUACCUGUACGACGGUAAGCAGUCAUUCUCCAGAGCUGCCGAAAGACCAAUUGGCACUAUGUACAUUGAGCUACUCAUUGACGCUUACUGUCCUCAAAUACAAUAAGCGCUCAUUCCUGCCCUGCUUGAACGCGCAACGCGUUGCGAGACCAUACUUGAGAAAUUCUCCAUCUCCCCCCUCUUUGAGUCUUUCUCAACAAUUAACCACAUAAUCAUUCAAUCCACAUCAAGCGAAAAAAAAUCAACCUCAAUCAUGGCUUGCGUUGAAUCAGCUGUUAUGUUCGACAGCGAGUGUGUUGCUCUGGCGCUUCAACUCGAAGAAAUCGAAGCUCAGCGCGAGCUCCAAUCCGGGAAAUGGCCUGAAGAUAAUCCUCCGGACUUUGUUCUGGCAUUUGAUAACUUCGAGGCCGAGAUGAGGAAUAUGCUUUUCCUGAUUGAGGACUUGAGAUUCGCUCACAGCAUUGCCAUAGCUGUCGAUUCUGACGCAGUAGCCAUUGAAGAGCUCAGGGUCGAGGAAUUACAGUCGGCUCGGGAUCGAGAGCUCGCCAUAAGCCUGAAUCCAGACGGAAGUCUGCCAUCUCAGGAUAUCAUCUCUAUUCCAGAGAUGCCUACAAUUGAAGAGGAGUCGGUCAGCUGGGAUCAUGUCUUGCGAGCUACAGAAGCUUCGACUUUCAGCGACCAGUCCAGUACCAUCAUUGCCGGCCCAUCGACCCAUUACACUCACCGCCAGAACAUAGUCCUUGAGCACAUGUCCCAACUCAAAGUGGAGUGCAGUGUCUGUGGGGACGCCUUCCAUCCUCAUGCCACAAUGCGUUUGGCUUGCACUGAUAUAUACUGCAAGCCAUGUCUCAAAUCUUUCUUCCUGCGCGUUACCAAGGACGAAAGCCUCUUUCCUCCAACAUGUCACCGUGAGGCGAUUGACUUCUCGCUCAUCGAGACAAGCUUCACAGUCGAAGAGUUGACUGCCUAUCGAAAUGCUGAACUGGAAUUCACCAGCACGAAUAGAGUCUACUGCGCUAGCUCAGAGUGUGCCAAGUUCAUUCCACUGUCGCACCGAACGACUGAUCGGGCGUCCUGUGAGGCCUGUGGUGCUGGGACUUGUAUGCAUUGCAAAGGCCUAGCACAUGAUGGGUCAUGCCCAUCAGAGGAGUCAAGGCAGAGCCUUAUAGAUUUUGCCGCCGACCGAGGUUGGCAAUCUUGCUUUGGAUGCGGCGAAAUGGUUGCUCGGGAUGAUGGUUGUGACCACAUGACGUGAGUGAUACACACUGCUACAUGGUUUUCAACUAGGUGCUAAAUAAAAUGACAGUUGUAGAUGUUGUGCAGAGUUCUGCUACAGAUGUGGCGUGAAGUGGAAAGAAUGCCAGUGUGAUGAUUGGGUUCCGGAUCUGAUCGAUCGAAGAGCACAGCAGAUUGUUGACAGAGAGGCAAUAUUGCCCUUGGCACCUGCUGUUCGUCAGCAGCGUGUGGUAGCUAUGACACAGGAGCUACGAGCAAAUCACGAAUGCAACCACAGUGGCAAAUUCACCAAGCUAGCUGGGUCACGCCGUGGAAAGGUGUGCGAGAUGUGCGGUGACAGACAUUGGAAGUACAUCUUGUCUUGUAAGCGGUGCCAUAUGCUGGCGUGCGAAGACUGCCGACGCUACAGAGUUAGGGGCUGAAGUUUGUCACAUUGAGAAGCAAUGUCGGAUUUCACAUCUAAUUUAUAGAGGGAAAUGGCCGACACGGUGAUGAACGCAAAAGUUACUGGUUGCGCACUUGAUAUUCAUUCAUUCAACUUCAUACACGAAAAUCUUUAGAUUUCAGUUGCCAGAGAUCUUUCUUCAUCUCCU